CAAUUAUUUGCAGAAAAGCCCCUGUGAAUUUUCUAGGGUUUUGUUAUCCCCUUUCUUAGCCAAUCCCACCAUUUUAUCCUUUCCUACUCACUCUUUCUUCCCACUUAGCUCAUCUCCAGUCCUCUCUCAUUUCUUUGAGUUCGAUAGCUGAAGAAAUGGCAGCUGCUCAGUUGACUUCCGCCGCUUCCUCAAUUUCCGCAGCAAAUCGAUUUGCUUCCUUCGAUGGUCUGAGAGCUACGCAGUCGGUCAACAUUGCAUCGUUUUCACCUCUGAAGCGGUCAUCGCUAAGGUCAUUACGCGGCCUUGUUGUCAAGGCGGCUACCGCUGUUGCCCCUAAGUACACAACUCUCAAACCAUUGGGCGAUAGAGUUUUGGUGAAGAUCAAAACAGCUGAGGAGAAGACUACAGGUGGUAUCUUGCUACCUACAACAGCACAAUCAAGGCCCCAGGGGGGCGAGGUGGUUGCUGUUGGAGAGGGCCGGAUCAUUGGAAAGAAUAAGGUGGAGAUCAGUCUGGAGAAUGGCACACAAGUGGUGUACUCAAAGUACGCAGGAACUGAGGUCGAAUUUAACGGAGCUAACCAUCUCAUUUUGAAGGAGGAUGACAUUGUUGGCAUUCUUGAAACCGAUGACAUCAAAGAUUUGAAACCCCUUAAUGACCGAGUCCUCAUUAAGUUGGCUGAGGCAGAGGAGAAAACUGCUGGUGGUUUGUACCUAACCGAUGCCAGCAAGGAGAAGCCUAGCAUUGGAACAGUUGUUGCAGUCGGGCCUGGUCUCUUCGAUGAGGAAGGCAACAGGAAACCUCUACCAGUUGCCUCUGGAAACACAGUUUUAUACUCUAAGUAUGCAGGAAACGACUUCAAGGGCAGUGAUGGCUCGGACUACAUCGCGUUGAGGGCGUCAGACGUGAUGGCUGUCCUUUCAUAGGUUUAUUGAGUCAUAGUUUUCGCAUGUUAAGCUGUCUUGAGAAAAAGUGAGAACGAGGAAGAUGAAGACAUUGUUGUGGUGUAGGCCGAAUUUGAUUCCUGCUUUAAUAUUUUGUGCUCGAGGUGGACGUAAUAAAAGUAUUUUGAUCAA